AUGGCGGAGAGGAAAGGUAAAUUUCAAUCUAAACUGUUUUAUGUCUCGUUGAUCCAAGAGCAGAAUGCUGACUAUGCGAGGAAUAUAUGGAAUAGAUUGAUCUUGCCAAAACACAGAUUUAUAGGUUGGCAAAUUGAGAAUGAACAGCUGCUAACGAGAGAUAAAAUCAGCAUAAUCAUGCCUAUUUCUACUGAUGUUUGCCCUGUCUGUUGUACUGUGAUGGAAACACACAGCCAUGUUUUUACCAACUGCUGCUACACACAGAGAGUAAUACAGGAAGUCAUGUCCUGGUGUGGUGUCUUUUGUUGGCCGAGCAACAUCAACCUAUGGUUGUCCAGGCCUUCGAAUAAUUUGAGGGACAGAAUUCUGAAUGCUGUUGUGUUAGCUACAUUGUAUUCAAUUUGGAAGAGCCGUAAUGGGUGCAUAUUCGAGCUCAAAUGCAAGGCUGCUGGGUCUUUAAGCAGGGAAAUCAAAGUGGCAGUUAAACAGAGAGUUUUAAGCUGCAACAUUAGGGAGAAGGGGGCUUUAGACAAUCACUUAAUUAAUGUAUUAGAAAGUUGGUAA